CUCCUGGAACAUCUGUUGUCCUGCCAGAUGACGGAUGUUGCUGGUCCAUGGAGUCCCAGAUUACAGAGGUUCAGCCUGUGAUUGCUGAGUAAUUGGAUUUCCGAUCACAGAAGGAAAAUAUCAUGUCUCGGUUACGCCAGCCCCCUCUUGUAACUGGUAUCUCUCCCAAUGAAGGCAUUUCAUGGACAAAAGUCACAAUUAGAGGAGAAAACUUGGGAACUGGGCCAACAGACCUGAUAGGUUUAACAAUCUGUGGACACAACUGUCUGCUGACUGCUGAAUGGAUGUCUGCUAGUAAAAUAGUAUGUCGAGUGGGACAAGCUAAAAAUGAUAAGGGGGACAUAAUUGUCACUACCAAAUCGGGUGGCAGAGGAACUUCGACUGUUUCUUUCAAACUUCUGAAACCUGAGAAAUUAGAUAUCUUGGAUCAGUCUGCUGUCUGGGUUGAUGAAAUGAACUAUUAUGAUACGCGCACUGACAGGAAUAAAGGGAUUCCCCCCUUGUCUCUACGUCCAGCCAAUCCGCUUGGUAUUGAGAUAAACAAAAACAGAUUUCCCCAGAAGGAUUUGGAGGCACUGUUUCCUGGGAUGAGUGCUGAUUUCACUAGUGAAAACUUCUCUGCUGCGUGGUAUUUAAUAGAGAACCAUUCAACAACAAGUUUUGAUCAGCUCAAAAUGGCAGUCAUGAAUUUGAAGAAGCAGGCAAACAAGAAAAAUGAGGGGAGUCUAGCAUAUGUAAAAGGAGGUCUGAGCACUUUUUUUGAAGCACAAGAUGCCCUGUCAGCAAUCCAUCAAAAACUGGAAGCGGAUGGAACGGAAAAAGUAGAAGGAUCCAUGACGCAAAAACUGGAGAAUGUUCUGAACAGGGCAAGUAACACUGCAGAUACUUUAUUCCAAGAAGUGUUGGGUCGCAAAGAUAAGGCAGAUUCAACAAGAAAUGCACUCAAUGUCCUUCAACGUUUUAAAUUUCUUUUCAACCUUCCUCUUAAUAUUGAAAGGAAUAUCCAAAAGGGUGAUUACGAUGUGGUCAUUAAUGACUAUGAAAAAGCCAAGUCAUUGUUUGGGAAGACUGAAGUUCAAGUGUUCAAAAAAUAUUAUGCUGAAGUUGAAACACGAAUUGGAGCCCUAAGAGAUCUUCUUCUGGAUAAAUUGCUUGAGACUCCAUCAACAUUACAUGAUCAAAAACGUUAUAUAAGAUACCUUUCUGACCUGCAUGCUUCUGGAGACCCUGCCUGGCAGUGUAUUGGUGCCCAGCACAAAUGGAUUCUUCAACUCAUGCACAACUGCAAAGAGAGCUAUGUCAAAGAGCUAAAAGGGAUUUCAUUGUUACAUAGCCCCAUGCUGGACCUGGACAGUGAUGUGCGUCCCUCUCCACUUGGCCAUCUCAGUCAGACUGCUUCACUUAAAAGGGGCAGCAGCUUUCAGUCAGGUCGUGAUGACACUUGGCGUUGCAAAGCUCCUCAACAAGUUGCAUUUGUUGAAAAGUUGACAAAACUUGUUGUAAGUCAGCUCCCCAACUUCUGGAAACUCUGGAUUUCUUAUGUGAAUGGAAGCCUUUUCAGUGAGACUGCUGAAAAAUCUGGUCAAAUGGAAAGGUCAAAGAAGAAUGCUAGGCAAAGACAGAAUGAUUUCAAGAAAAUGAUUCAGGAAGUGAUGCAGUCCCUGGCAAAACUGAUCCGUGGCGCUUUGCUUCCAUUUAGCCUCAGAGAAGGAGAGCUGAGAGAGUAUGGUGGUUGGGAAAUGAAAUCUGAGCUCUCUGGACAGUGGCUAACACAUGUCAUCCAGACUGUAAGGCUUAGUUAUGAAUCCCUUACUGCACUUGAAAUACCAAAUGAUAUGCUUCAUAUCAUCCAGGAUCUUAUUUUGGAUCUUCGAGUACGUUGUAUAAUGGUCACCUUACAACACACAGCUGAAGAUGUGAAGAGGUUAGCUGAAAAGGAAGAUUGGGUGGUUGAUAAUGAAGGUUUAACAUCUCUGCCAUCCCACUUUGAGCAGUGCAUUAUGCAUUCCUUGCAGUCACUUAAGAGUGUUCUUGACUGCAAACCAGGAGAAGCCAGUGUUUUCCAGCAACAUAAAACACAGGAGGAUGUGUGCCAGCUAAGUAUUGGUAUCAUACAGGUUUUCAUAGAUUGUCUGGAACAACUGAGCACCAAGCCUGAUGGUGAUAUAGAUACCACACAUCUUUCAGUUGAUGUUUCAUCUCCCGAUUUAUUUGGAAGCAUUCAUGAGGAUUCUAGUUUAUCUUCCGAGCAAAGGCUUUUAAUUGUACUCAGUAACUGCCGCUACCUGGAACGUCAUACUUUCAUAAAUAUAGCUGAACACUUUGAGAAACACAGCUUCCAAGGAGUUGAAAAAAUAACUCAAAUUAGUAUGGAAUCCUUAAAGGAGUUGGAUCUAAGACUGUUUGAAAUUUACAUUGAAUUGAAGGCAGAUCCUAUAGUUGGCUCACUAGAACCUGGCAUUUAUGCAGGAUAUUUUGAUUGGAAAGAUUGUCUCAUUCCAACAGGUGUCAGAAACUAUUUGAAAGAAGCAUUAGUGAAUAUCAUAGCUGUGCAUGCAGAGGUAUUCACCAUCUCUAAGGAAUUAGUGCCUCGAGUACUGUCAAGGAUUGUAGAAUCUGUUGCUGAAGAACUAAGUCGACUGAUGCAGUGUGUGUCAUCAUUCAGUAAAAAUGGAGCUUUACAGGCAAGGCUUGAAAUUUAUGCAUUGCGAGAUGCUGUGGCCGUAUACCUAACACCAGAAAGCAACUCAAGCUUUAAGCAAGCUUUGGAAGCCCUGCCUCAACUCUUAAGUGGAGCAGACAAAAAGCUAUUGGAAGAGCUACUAAACAAAUUUAAAAGUAGCAUGCACCUGCAGCUCACCUGCUUUCAAGCUUCUUCAGCACUGAUGAAAACAUAGACAACAGUGAAAUCCAACCAUCCCACAAAAGAACACAGAUAAACAUACUCCUAUUACUUCUGUAUGUUUUCACUGCCUUUAAACACUUAUCAGAAUACUUAUGCCAUUGGACUGGUGUUUCAGUUCAUAAUAAGUACUGGUGUGACCCAAUCACGUGGUGUAUCCUUCUAAAUAAGAAAAGUUAUUAGAAAUGUUUCAGUAAAAAUACUGGGUUUUUUUUUCCUAUUAAGGCUGCUAACCCAAUUUUGUUCUAAUAUCCUUUUCAUUUGUAUGCUCCAAAGUAUAUUUUAUUUGUUAGUAAUAUAUUUUGAAAAUGUGUUGUUAGACAUUUUUUAAUAUCUCUGUGUAUCAGUUUGCAAUUUCCUGGACACACAUGGACAAUGAUAAGAAUGGAUGUGUGUGCUAGCAUGUUGUAGGAAUCAACUGGCUUAAACUAUCCAGAUGCAUAUUACAAAUUUUCCUACCUGUAGAUGGCUCUAAUACAUAUUUAAAUAUACUAUGCUGGAGGGAGCUGUUUAUUUAAAAAUAUACUCAAGGUAAUUUCUCAGCCAUUGUCUUCAAUCUGAAUGGUCAUAAAUCCCAUUAUUUACGUUUUUUAAAAAGUUCAACUGCUCUGCUCAGGGCAGUGCUGUGCUCUUUAUUCUGGUACACUUCAGUCAGAAAGUCAAGGUUACUUAUCUACCCAAAAUAUAGUAGUAUGUUUAUUUCUUUCAGUGGCCACUUAAAAGUUAGUGGCUAUUUCUACAUUGUAAAUGCAAGCAUUGCAAUAUAAUACCUCUAUCAGUUUUCACUAACUCAAAUAUUCUACAGAAGUCAAAUAACUUCUCAGAUAAUAAAAAAUAAGCUACCCAUAGUCACUGAAUUUUGUUGCUUCCUCCCCACUUCCUCUCCUGCCUUUCCUCCUCCUUCCAGACUUACUCCCUCUGUCUACUGUCCCUCCCCAACUCUGUCAUUCUCAUCAGGAAAUAGUGAAUUCGUGUUGUGAGUGGUUGGAGAUUAAGCAGACCAAAUGCAAAUUCUGUUAUUGGCAUAGAUGUGUAAUCCUACAAGCUGUGUAUGUAUCAGAGCUUCUCUAGUGACCAUUAGGAGUCAAUCCUGUGGCUUAAUGUAAAAUACAAGAUGGAACAAAUAUUAGUAUAGACUAUUAGCUUUGGGGGAGCUUUUUAAUUGAUGCACUAAAAGAAUAAUGCCCAAUAAUUGUCUAAUGUUUAUGUAUUUAAAGUUAUUUCUGGUUUACAGAAGCCAUAAUUUGAAUUCACAAAACAUCUUCAAGAAUUACCAGAAAUUCUUUAUCUUGCCAAUACAGUUAAGUGCUUUGAAAACAAAUUGUAAAGCUUCAAUAGUAAACUAUAAAAUACUGUAAAAAAAAAAGUUUGAUGCCAAGAGAUGUGUGCCUAAAGAAGCGUUAAGAACCUUUUAAUAAAAAUGUGACAUUUUUUAUUGUAUAUGCUUAUGGAGGGAAUAUUAAACAAUUACCUGGGCCACUGUUUUUUUCCCAAAUAUGUUAUCUAACUAAAGCCGAGUACAUACAUUUGUAGGCUCAGUUUCUGGUAUGACUGUACGGUUUGUUAGACCUGUAAAGGCGCUAGGUUCAGAAUAAUAAAGUGGUGUUUAUGCAAGAUG